AUGCUCUCGCCUCUUUCUCGGACCUGGCUAAAAGAGGACAGUAUUGUUGCGGUGCACGGAUUGAACCCGAAGAAUAAAGACAGCCAUGCUGAAAAGACAUGGACGGCCGGUGAUAAGCUUUGGUUGCGUCACUUCCUGGCACCCAAGCUCCCUGAAGCAAGAAUUCUUCUCUUUGGAUACAAUUCGAACGUCUCCGGCGAAUCCAAUGCAAUGCACAUCGGUGACCAUGCUACGAAUCUACUGAAUAGGCUGGUGGGCAAAAGGUCCGAGGAUCCGGAGCGGCCGAUCAUAUUCGUGGCUCAUAGCUUAGGAGGGCUGGUGGUAAAGAAGGCAUUAGUGGAAGCAAAGCUAAACAAGGCCUACGAUUCGAUCCGUAUAGCGACAUACGGCAUUGCUUUCUUUGCAACCCCCCACCUCGGCGGCAAUUAUGCUGCACUCGGGAAAAUACUCAGCGACAUUGCCAACGCAACGUCUCGAAAUCCACGGAGUACACUGAUGAGAGACUUGCAGAAAUCAUCUCCGUUCCUAGGGAAACUGAACGAAGAUUUUCGGCACCAAUUGGAAGAUUACUAUUUCGUGAAUUUCUUUGAGACAAGAUUCUAUGGUGGUCUCGAUGUAAUCGUUGACCGUGAAUCUGCACAGCUGGGGCUGUCUGGUUCUCGUGAAGUUCUCGUGCCAUUCGAUGCCGAUCACAACAACAUCUGCAAAUUCGCUACCCAGAACAGCGACUACGAGCAAGUCGAGCAGAACAUCAUACGCCUAGUAAAGGGUGCACUUGAGCUCAAGGCCGUCACAGAGCGGGAUCGCCGUCGUUCAUCUGCAUCGCCCUUCUUUAGCAGCCCGCGCCCCUUUUCUGAACACCAAUUCUCCACUCCUACCCUUAGUUCUGAUGGGUAUACAAGCACUGACAUGCUGGGGCACUAUGGCGGCCCAACUUUUGAAGUUCCUCACAACAGAAACCGUAACUUUGUCGGGCGACAAGAUAUCGUUCAAAAGGUGGUCGAUCGUCUCACUUCUAACAGUGAGGCACAGCACCGGAUAGCCUUCUAUGGGCUCGGCGGCGUAGGUAAAUCGGAUUUGGCGAUACAAUGCGCAUAUGCCAUUGGUGAGCGUUACCCAGACAUAUCUGUGUUCUGGAUCCAAGCCAGCAGCUUCGAGCAUUCCCAUCAAUCCAUCGUGAAAAUCACCAGCGUUCUGAAGAUACCAGGGACCGACGCGCCCAACGCCGAUGUUUUUGGAUUAUUCCGGGACUACCUGUGGAAGGGCCAUAAUGGUCGAUGGUUUCUGAUAAUCGACCACGCGGACAAUUUUCAGAGCCUCACACUGACUCCAGGAGACAGCAACAAGCACAUCCGCCUCCAGUCGAAGAGACUUCUAGAUUACAUACCGGAUUGCUCUCAUGGCUCAGUGCUUCUCACCACUCGAAACAAAAAGGUUGCUACUGGCUUCGCCGACAAGCAAGGCUUGGUGCAGGUUCUUCCACUGGACAGAAAGGAGUCUGAACAGCUAGUUCACCAAUUGUUGGACACGGAACAAUUCCGGGAUGGCGGCACCGCCGAGCUAACCGAAGUCUUGAAUCACUUUCCUCUCGCCAUCGUUCAAGCAACGUCCUUCAUUCGGGGCAACGGCAUCACAGUUCAAACCUACCUGCAGCGCUAUCGAGAAAACAAGCACAAUGCCCUUGAGCUUUUUGGUCAUGACUUAGUCGACUCCGACGAUAGCGAAGCCGUGACGACGACAUGGAUGAUCUCGUUCAAGCAGCUGCAGGCGAACAACACAUACGCGGCAAAUCUGUUUUCCUUGAUGGCGUAUCUCGACAACAGUGAAAUCCCCGAAUCCCUUCUGGGUGGUAUAGAUGACGGUAUGACGGGGCUUCAGUUUGAGAAAGCGUGCGGAGAGCUCAAAGCAUUUUCUUUUAUCUCCGAGGCCUACUCUAUUCCAUCAUCGGCAUCCCCUGGUGCGAAUCCCAUACCGCGCUUAUUCAACGUCCAGCCCAUUGUACAACUCGUCAUGCGUCUCUGGCUUCAGCAACACAAUCAGACGACGAGAUGGUCAGACGCUGCGCUUGUUGCUGUGUCAAAGGCCUUCCCUCCGGCAGAAAGUUCGAUGGAGCACUGGAAGGCAUACGAAAUGUACCUCCCGCAUGUACAGGCAGUGUUAGACCACCCCAGCGAAUCCACAGCUGAGCAGCAACAUAAGGCUAAUCUGCUGCACAACGUUUCCUGGUUCUUCCGGGUCCGAGGGUUUCACGACACCGCUGCGCGCAUGGGACGUGAAGCGUUAGCGAUUCGGCAGCAAAUCCUUGGAGACGAAGACGAAGCCACUUUGGCUAGUGUAUACAGCCUGUCCCGCAUUCUGUUCGAGCAGGGCAAAUUGGAAGAAUCUGAACAGCUGCAGAUUUCUGCCAUCGAGGCAUGCAAGCGCAAUUUCGGUAAUGAGGACAACCAUGUAUUUCGGAGCCAAGGCCUCCUAGCUGCAAUACGGGGAGUGCAGGGCAGGUACGAAGAGGCCCUCGAGCUACAAGAGAGAAUUCUGGAAAUCAGCAAGAGGACUCUGGGCCAGUGUCCAGCAACAUGGCUCGCGAUGCGCGAUCUCGCUAUUACCUUAAGCUACAUGGACCGCCAGCCUGAAGCAGAGGAAUUACAACAAAGCGUAUACAUCGCACGACGAGAAUACCUCGGCGAGGACCACCCAGAGACUCUGAUCAUCAUGAAUGAUCUUGCUACCACGUACAUUGAGCAGUCACGCUUCCCGGAAGCUGAAGUGUUGCUCGUGAAGGUCACUGAACGCAGCAAGCGAAUCCUGGGAGGGAGACACCCACAUACUAUCGCCGCAUACGAACACCUACAGCGGGUGUUGAAAAGCCAAAAAAGGAAGACGGAGCAGGCGAGGAGGCUGGAAAGAGUGCUUCAGCAGAUAAAGCGAGAGUGCAGAGAGACUCAGGAGAACGCCGGGGCCCGCAUGAGACCAAUGGUCAAAAGAACCUUGAGUAGUUCGGUCGUCACUUAUGCGUACCGAAGGCCGACAGCGAUACUAGACGCAGCGGACGAAGACAACAAAAGUGAGAUGGGAGGCAAGGACGUAGAAGCAUUUGGCCUAGGACUAACGCUUACAAAUUCUCGAAACCCAGACGUGGGCGAGAGCGAGGACGAAGAUGAAGACGGAGAUGAAGACGACACGGAACGUGAGGAGUUCGCUACGAUCAAGAAAGCGUUGGUACUCAUGAUGCGGGGAAUGAUGAGUCUCCCAACUUUCAACAUUGUCAAGCUCGCUCCGGCAGAAGACCCGAUGCCGCAAUCGACGCCAAACAGCGCACCGCAGGAUACACCAGCCAGCACACCACAGCUGCGCAGCGUCGAAAGCAAAGCGCAAGCGCAACCCGAGCUGGAGGCAUCCAAGUCCGACACUGCUUUGACCACGGCAUCGUCCGACAAGCCCGCCUACAGCAACAACAAAAUCCUCAGAACCAUUGAGAAGAAGGUGGAGCGCAAUAUCAACAAAGAGACGCGCGAUGCUCUGCUGAAAGAGGGCAUGGACCUGCUCGAGACGACGAAGACGAAAUGGAAGAAGACUAACUUGAGGGACUUGAGAGUACCUUGGACGCCUAAGGGGCAGGAUAAGAAAGAAAAGCAGGACGAAGCCUCUAGCGGGACCGACACUGAGACCGAGGUUGAAUGCAGCAAGGGAACUGAGGAGAAGACUCUAGAGAGUUAG